GGUAACCAUUUUUAUAUGGAAGCUAUGGGAUGCCUAAUACCUUCUCCACGCUUAACCAACCCUCCGAUCCUAGUCAAUUUCUACAUAGACUUUGGUGAUCUAUCCCACCUCAUUUGGAUAGAUGAGAGCCGGCUCUUGAAAGCUGCAGCCGACUCUGAUGAAAUGGAAGUGCAGAGAGCCGGCUCUGGAAGCUGCAGCCGGCUCUACAGCCGACUCUCGAGGAAAACAGAAUGGGCUGCAAACCCGAAUAGCCGGCUCUGGAAGUAUAAGCCGGCUCUCCUGACAAUCCUGCAGCUCGAGCUUUGUGUCCUGCAGAGCAUUUAUUUACUCCCAACGGCUAUAUUCGAGCAAGGGGCUAUAAAUAUAGUUGUGAGUGAUCUAGGGGGUGUGUUGAUUCCUUCAAGAGUGAUCUGUAGAGAGGAUCUUUGGGGUUUAUCUUGUAAAGAGGUGAGAUUUGAGAGAAACACCCUUAUUCUUGUAAAAGGAUUGAGUGGCUCCUUUAAGCCACCCUUGUUGUUGUUAGUGAAGAGUGUGGAGGAAAUCCUUGUGAAAGCUUCAUCUUCUUCUUUGAUAUGUGAUCUUCAUCUCUACUUCUCCAAGAAUGCAAUCUUCACCUAGGAUGUGACUUCUAAGAUGCGGUCUUCGUCUUAUCUUUUGUGAGAUAUGGUCUUCAUCUCUUUUUCUUCCUAAGAUAUGGUCUUCAUCUAGGAUGUGGCUUCUAAGAUACGGUCUUCAUCUUAUCUUUUGCAAGAUUCAGUCUAGUCUUCAUCCUUUUUUCCUGAGAUACAGUCUUCAUCUAGGAUGUUACUUCUAAGAUGCAGUCUUCAUCUAGAAUGUGACUUCUAAGAUGAGGUCUUCAUCUUAUCUUUUGCGAGAUGCAGUCUUCAUCUCUUCUUCUUCUUGAGAUGUGGUCUUCAUCUAGGAUGUAACUUCUAAGAUGCAAUUUUCAUCUUAUCUUUUGUGAGGUGUGGUCUUCAUCUCUUCUUCUUCUUGAGAUCUAGUCUUCAUAUAGGAUGUGACUUCUAAGAUGCAGUCUUUAUCUUAUCUUUUGCAAGAUGUGGUCUUUGUCUUAUCUUUUGUGAGAUGUGAUCUUCAUUUCUUCUUUUUCUUCUUCUUCUUCUUCUUUUUCUUCUUCUUCUUCCUGAAAUGUGGUUUUCAUCUAGGAUGUGAGAUCUAAGAUGCAGUCUUCAUGUUUUCUCCUUCCUAAGAUACGGUCUUCAUCCAAGAUAUGACUUCUAAGAUGUAGUCUUUAUCUUUUCUUUUGUGAGAUGCGAUCUUCAUCUUUUCUUCUUCUUGAGAUGCAGUCUUCAUCUAGGAUAAGACUUAUAUGAUAUGCUCUUCAUCUUAUCUUUUUGUGAGAUGUGGUCUUCAUCUAUGAUGUGACUUCUAAGAUGCAGUCUUCACUCUUCUUCUUUUUGAGAUGCGAUCUUCAUCUCUCCUUCUUUGAUAAUGAUUUUGAAUCAAAUUAGAAUUUCUUC